AGAGAAGCAGGGGAGGGGAGGGGAAGGGGUUGGGUUGCGUAUUGGAAGAGCUUCUUCUUCUUCAGCUUGCAAAUUUCAAUUUCAAUUCUUAAGCUUUUUCCCUCGAAUUUCGUCUCCCCUCCGCACCAUACCACAAACCCUAGCUGGGACCUCCCAUCGUCACCUGUCUCUCCCUCGGCCCUCCCGUACGCGCUUCGGAGGGUUCGCUCGCCGAAGCCCUAGACAGGGGAAUCCUCCUGCCGACGGAGUUCGGUUUUUCAUGUGGAGCCCGGAUGCGAUGAAAAGCCCUAACAAGCUCCGGGGCUUCGAUAGUUUGCCGGCUUAGUGGUGGAGUAGGAGGAGGAGGGGAGGGAGCGCCGUUGCAUUUCCCUCUGAUGGCAAAGCGGGUUUACGAAGUCUGGAAAGGAAGCAAUAAGUUCAUCUUCGGAGGGAGAUUAAUUUUUGGGCCAGAUGCAAGGUCGCUCCUUGUCACCUUGUCAUUGAUCAUUGUUCCAGUCAUCAUCUUCUGCAUAUUUGUCGCAAGGCAUCUUCGCCAUGAAUUUUCUUCAGAUAAUGCAGGAUAUGCAAUUCUGGUGGUAGCGAUUGUCUUUACUGCAUAUGUCCUGUUGCUUCUGUUCCUUACCUCGGCCCGGGACCCGGGCAUCAUUCCACGCAAUGCGCAUCCACCAGAAGAAGAGAUGCGCUAUGAUUCUUCAGCAUCUGCUGAGAUUGGGGGAAGGCAGACGCCAAGCCUACAGUUUCCCAGAACAAAGGAUAUGAUGGUCAAUGGUAUUCCGGUGAGAGUGAAGUAUUGUGAUACAUGCAUGCUUUAUCGCCCUCCGCGAUGCUCCCAUUGCUCUAUCUGUAACAACUGCGUGGAGCGUUUUGAUCAUCAUUGCCCUUGGGUGGGCCAGUGCAUCGGAUUGCGUAAUUACCGGUACUUCUUUAUGUUUGUUGCCUCCUCGACUCUCCUUUGCAUCUACGUCUUCGCCAUAUGCGCUUUGUACAUCAAACUUUUGAUGCAUGACCACCAUGGCACAGUCUGGAAAGCGAUGAAAGAGUCCCCUGCCUCUGUUAUAUUAAUGGGCUAUUGCUUCAUAUCGCUGUGGUUUGUUGGUGGGCUCACUGGUUUCCAUCUCUACCUCAUAGGCACAAACCAGACAACAUACGAAAAUUUCAGGCACAGAGCUGACAACAGGAUCAAUGUCCAUAAUCGAGGUUGUGUCAGUAAUUUCCUGGAAGUCUUCUGCACUGAGGUGAAACCAUCGAAGAACAACUUCCGGGCUCUUGUCCAAGAGGAGGUGCAAAGGACAACUUUGCCUACUAUGCGAGAAGCUGACCCUGAAGACUUGAGCAUGGAUAGGCGUCCAAAGGUGGAAGACGACCUAGACAUUGGUGAAGAUCUCCUCAAGAUCUCUCAGCGUCGGAAUUUUGAAGAACUCGAAGAGGACAUACGGAGCAGAGGAAGCAAUGGCCCCCCCCAUAACACUUCGGAAGUGGACUCCUAUAUCGGGUCUGGUCACAGAGCCCCCACAAUUAGAUCGGAGACUCGCCAUUCUAGUUGGGGCAGGAGUGGGAGCUGGGACGUUGCAGCAGAGGUUCUUUCAAAUCCCAACGUGACUGAAAGUAGAAGCAACAAUGCCCAAAAAUAGGCGCAAUGGGAAAUGUGAAGGCAUGAGCAAAAUUUCGGAUAGGGGUAAGUCCACGCAACCCUCUCUGAGUAUAAAACACUUCUAGGGUUAGCUGUAUUAACCCUUUCUUGUGUGGGAAUGACCGAAUCUUGGCAUUGUUUCUCAUUCGGCAGCAGUGAGUCAUUGAGAAUA